AUGAACAUUGAAGAAUAUUUCACAAGGAUUAGCUACAAAGGCUCUCUCGAAAAACUGGAUUUUGGAACCUUAGCGGCGAUCUUCCAGCACCACAUACGAGCUGUGCCCUUUGAAAACCUUAGCAUCCACUGCGGGGAGACGAUUACUCUAGACUUAGAUCAUGUUUACAACAAGAUUGUGAAGGAAAAACGAGGGGGUUGGUGCAUGGAGAAUAACCAGCUUUUGUCUUGGGUUCUGAAAAAGCUGGGAUAUAACACCACCAUACUGGGAGCUUAUGUUUACAACCCGCAGCAAAACACCUAUGCCACUCAGAUGACACAUCUCAUCAUCAAGGUGGUCAUUGACGAGAGGGCCUACAUCGUUGAUGCAGGCUUUGGUGUCUCCUACCAAAUGUGGCAACCGUUGGAGCUGGUGUCCGGCAAAGACCAGCCACAAAUGCCUGGGAUCUUUCGUUUCACAGAAGACAACGGUAUUUGGUACUAUGAGAAAAUAAGAAGGAAGCAAUACAUUCCCAGUCAAAACUUUGCCAACUCAGAUCUCUUGGAAAAAAGGGAGCGCAGGAGUAUCUACCUGUUCAGCCUUGAGCCAAGGACAGUAGAAGACUUUCGGUUCCAGUGCUCCUAUCUCCAAACGUCCCCAGAUUCCGUGUUUACCAAGAAAUCUAUCUGCAGCCUCCAGACAAAUGAUGGGUUUAGGGCUUUGAUUGGAUGGACACUUGUGGAGACAAAAUUUAACCACACGGAAGGCACAGAUCUGGUGAAGCACACAACGCUGAGUGAUGACGAGGUGGAGAAAACACUGAGAGAGAAAUUUGGUAUAACUCUGGAGAACAAGCUUGUUCCUAUUAACAUCAAAGCGACGUAUACCAUCUAG